AAGAGAUGACUCAAAGAGGAGGCUGUCUGGUUUGGAUGGUUGGUUUUUAUUCUCUCCUCUUCUUCUCUCUCAAAUUCUGUGGAGAGGAGUAGACAACGCCCUUUUCUCUCUCUCUCUGCUAACAAAAAGGAGAAAAAAAGGAAAGGAAAAUAAUCUUUCCCACAGCUUUCUCUCUCUAAAGCGCUGAAAUUGAAAUCACACUCUCUCCUUCUCUCUCCUUCCAUCUAAAACAAAGCUCCUUGGUUCGUGGAUUGGUUAUUUUCAGUUUCUGGAGAGGGGUGACAGCUUUCUCUGGGAGAAGGGGGAUUGGGGAAUGGGGAUUGCGGCGGGGAGUGGUAGAGUCACAGCUUGUUGAUGGAGGACGAUCAUAACAGCUCUUCUUAUCAAUGGAUUUUGAUGCCGGAAUUACGAUGUCCCGUACUGGUCCUCCGCCUGUGACUGAGGGACCCUCUCUGUCACCGUCCUUGAACGAAGAUGCAAUGUGGCAAAUGAACUUGAGAACAAAUGAAACAAUGGAAUCUGGGCCCUAUCCUGAGCGUCCUGGAGAGCCUGAUUGUUCUUAUUACAUCAGAACAGGGCUUUGUAGAUUUGGGGCUACAUGCCGAUUUAAUCAUCCUCCUAACAGAAAGCUGGCUAUAGCCGCUGCGAGGAUGAAGGGGGAAUUUCCAGAAAGGAUAGGACAACCUGAAUGCCAGUACUACCUAAAGACAGGAACUUGCAAGUUUGGAGCCACAUGCAAGUUUCAUCAUCCUAAAGAAAAGGCUGGGAUUGCUGGCAGAGUAUCCUUAAAUAUUUUGGGGUAUCCACUUCGACCGAAUGAGAUUGAGUGUGCUUACUACUUGAGAACUGGACAAUGCAAGUUUGGUAGCACUUGCAAAUUCCACCAUCCUCAGCCAGCUAAUGUGAUGGUUCCAUUGCGUGGUUCCCCUGUUUAUCCUACUGUCCAGUCUCCAACUACUCCAGGUCAGCAAUCCUACCCAGGAGGACUUACAAACUGGUCAAGAGCGUCUUUCAUUACCAGCCCACGUUGGCAAGCUCCUUCAAGUUAUACACCUCUAAUUUUACCUCAAGGAGUAGUAUCUGUUCCAGGCUGGAAUGCGUACAGCGGUCAGCUGGGAUCAGUUUCUUCUCCAGAGGGUCAGCAGCAAACAGGAAACAGUCAGAUAUAUGGAACCUCACGCCAGAGUGAAUCAAUGAAUGCAGGAUCUCAAGGGACACUUUCUCCAUUCCGUUCUGGCUCUGUCCCAGUAGGAUUUUAUACAUUGCAAAGGGAGAAUGUUUUUCCUGAGAGACCUGGCCAACCUGAAUGUCAGUUUUACAUGAAGACCGGGGACUGUAAGUUUGGUCCAGUUUGUAGGUUCCAUCACCCAAGAGAAAGGCUAAUUCCUCCUCCAGACUGUGUGUUGAGUCCCUUAGGCCUCCCUUUGCGCCCGGGAGAACCUUUAUGCAUCUUCUAUUCGCGUUAUGGUGUCUGCAAGUUUGGUCCGAGUUGCAAGUUUGACCACCCUAUGGGAAUUUUCACAUACAACUUCUCUGCAUCAUCCUCAGCUGAUGCCCCAGUUCGACGUUUUCUAGGGACAUCAUCAGGAUCUGCUGCUUUAACUUUAUCACCAGAAGGGCUUGUUGAAGCGGGUUCAACAAAGCCCAGGCGACUCUCACUGUCAGAGCCUAGACAGAUGCCUUCUGGUGAUGAUAAUAUUGACACAGAAGGAUAAUGCUGCCUCAAGAUUUACUAUUUACAAUCUUUUGGUCGAUAAACAAGUGUUCUCUGUAAACUCAUUUCCCGUUUCAGGAGAUGUACAGAGUUCAUGCCAAGUUGAAAAUGCAAUUCAGUUGACAGACUUUUCUCCUCUGAAUUUCUUGCUGCAUUGUAUAAUCUGCAAAUAUUGUCACAUUUGGUAAAACCUGUGUGAACAUUUCACCUGUCUCAAGGCCCUUUUCUCUGAUUUUGUGUUCAAAUUUUCUUCCAGUUUGUUGUAUAAAGCUAUUCUUUUGCAA